CCUUCAGUGUGAAAUCUCUUCACCGUCUCCUUCCCUUCGCCUUCUUCUGCUUCUGCUUCUCCCUCCUUCCGCCAUUUUUAGCAGAGCUUCCUUCUCCAUAUCAAUGGCUUAAACCCUCCAAUAUCAUCACAAAAACCCGCGAACUAUGGGCGACACCAAACGGAAGAGAGGCCGCAAGCCGAAAUCCACCCCCAAAAGCCCCUCCCAGGAUGCCCUAGAUUUGCCGUCCACAGCUGCGGCAGCGGCGGCGGUUGAAGAGGUCUUAUCCGUCGGCAGCGUCGAUCUCAUCGAGCCCUCAGCAUCUGACCACCGCCGCCGCGGGGGCCGCCCGAAGAAGCGGUCCAAGUCGGUCCAGAAGUCGGAACCUUCCUCUCCAGUGGUUUCUCCCUCGCGGAGGGCGGUACCCCGGGCGGUUGAAAAUGGCGACCUUGCCCUCAUUCAUUGCGAUUCGGUGGGCCCCGCGGAGGCAGCUGCGAGGAUGGUGCCCGCCAUGGACGCGGUGGUGAAGGUCUUCUGCGUGCACACGGAGCCGAAUUUCUCUCUCCCGUGGCAGAGGAAGAGGCAGUAUAGUAGUAGCAGUAGCGGGUUCGUGAUAAAGGGGAGGAGAGUUCUGACGAACGCCCACUCGGUGGAGCAUUAUACCCAGGUGAAGGUGAAGAAGAGAGGGUCUGAUACUAAGUACCUUGCGAAGGUAUUAGCCAUUGGAACUGAAUGCGACAUUGCUAUGCUUACUGUUGAUGAUGAUGAAUUCUGGGAAGGAGUCUUGCCAGUAGAGUUCGGGGAGCUGCCUGCCCUUCAAGAUGCUGUGACGGUCGUGGGCUAUCCUAUUGGUGGUGACACGAUAUCUGUGACAAGUGGGGUGGUAUCGCGGAUUGAGAUCUUAUCUUAUGUUCAUGGGUCAACCGAGCUUCUUGGCCUGCAGAUUGAUGCUGCGAUAAACUCGGGGAAUUCAGGUGGGCCAGCCUUCAGUGAUAAGGGUAACUGUGUGGGCAUUGCAUUUCAAUCACUUAAACAUGAGGAUGCGGAGAAUAUCGGUUAUGUCAUACCAACACCUGUGAUCAUGCACUUCAUUCAAGACUACGAGAAGAAUGGAGCAUAUACUGGUUUUCCGAUUCUUGGAAUUGAGUGGCAGAAAAUGGAAAAUCCGGAUCUGCGCAUGGCAAUGGGCAUGAAGUCUGAUCAGAAGGGUGUUCGCAUUAAGAGAAUAGAUCCGACCUCUCCGGAGCAUGCAGUUUUAAAACCAUCUGACAUCAUUCUCGGCUUCGAUGGUGUUGAUAUUGCCAAUGAUGGAACAGUUCCUUUCCGGCAUGGUGAGAGAAUAGGCUUUAGUUAUCUCGUCUCGCAAAAGUAUACUGGGGAUAAUUCGGUGAUCAAAGUUCUGCGGAAGUCCAAGAUUCUUACUUUUGAUGUGAAACUUGCCUCCCACAGGAGACUCAUCCCUUCUCACAACAGAGGCAGACCUCCUUCUUAUUAUAUUAUUGCUGGCUUUGUGUUCUCAACAGUUUCUGUCCCCUAUCUUCGGUCUGAGUAUGGGAAGGAUUAUGAAUAUGAAGCUCCAGUCAAACUUUUGGACAAACUCUUGCACUCUAUGCCGCAAUCGCCUGACGAGCAGCUUGUCGUAGUUUCUCAGGUUCUUGUGGCUGAUAUCAAUAUUGGGUACGAGGAUAUUGUCAACACUCAGGUUCUUGCUUUCAAUGGUAAGCCUGUGAAGAACCUCAAGAGCUUGGCAAGCAUGGUAGAGAGCUGUGAGGAGGAGUUCUUGAAGUUCGAUCUUGAAUACCAACAGAUUGUAGUUCUGAGAACAAAAGUUGCCAAAGAAGCAACCCUCGAUAUCCUCAAAACCCACUGCAUACCAUCGGCGAUGUCUGAUGAUCUGAAGACUUAAAAGCCGUAUAUUCAUUUGACUACUAUGGCUGUACUUUUCCUCUCUGGAUGUUGAUUUUGGUGGGAUCCGGGAACAGGAAAAGCUCAAAGGCCACACCAUCAUGAUUUUUGCUAGAGGUAUAGCUUAUCUUAUAGAUCGGCUGUUGCUUCCUGUCUGGGUUCUACCUAUCGGGUUUUGUAGGUCUCUGGGUUUAGUGAGGGAGAGCUGGACGGCCUCUCCGGGAAUAGGCAUUGGGUUUCAGAAAGCCAAACAAGGGUAUAGGAUCUGAGUGGUUAUGUUGAGCUGGUAGUUACAUCAGAGUGCUGGAUAAUUGUCAUUCGUUGGAAUCUCGAUCGAGUGAAAAACAUUUGAAUUUGUCCGAGCUUGCAGCAUCACGUAUCUUCAAAGUUUCCCAGGGAAAAGUGGUUGUGCAGGUUGAAAUCGAAUCUAACGUCUGAAGUUCCUUUCGGAGGCA